AUGGAGCCCCAGCCCGGCUCGCCGGCGUCGCCGCCGUCCCCGGGCACGCCGCCGUCACCAGGCAGUGCCAAGGUGCCGACGCCGGACGAGCCAAUGGAGGAGGCCACCGAGCAGGAGCCGGGCAGGAAGUCGACCUCCUCGUCAUCCUCCUCGUCGUCGUCGUCCGAGUCAUCGGCCGAGAGCCCUCGCCAUGUCGACGUUGUCGAGCUCGGCGACACGUUGCUGCCAGCGCCGGAGGACGAACAAUUCGCUGUCGCUUCUUCCAUACAGAGCGCCGAGGGCAAACCGGACGGCUCGGCGACGGUGGGGGACGAGCAAGCCGAUCCUACCGUACAGGGCGCCAGGGGUAAACAGGACGACCGUGCGACGCUGGAGGACGAGCACGCCGCCGCCCCCGAACACAGCGCGGAGGUCAAACCGGACGACCGGGCGCUGCCGGAGGACGAACAGGCCGCCGCCCCCGCCGUGCGCGGCGCGGAGGUCAAACCGGACGACUGGGCGGCGUGGCCGGAGCCACCGCCCCCGGCCGUCGAGUACUCCUCCUCGUCGGACGGUAGCGCCGGCGCGGCACCAACGGGGCUGACGGAGGCGCCGCAGGUCCAGACGAUGGCCAAGCUCGAUGGCGCCGGGGCCGGGACCGGCGAGUUCGACCCGCAGAGGAUCCCGGCGUCCGUGUUCCAGACCAGGGCGUCCAUGUCGCAGGCCGAGUGGAGCAUGACGUCCAACGAGUCGCUGUUCAGCAUCCAGGGCGCCAGCGACGUCGGCGGGCCCUACGCCGGCAGCAGGUCGCACUUCGACUUCUUCUACGACGAGGCCAUGGCGGCCGCGGAGGCGGAGUCCAAGCUGCCGAGCGUCGCGGAGGGGAUGGAGUCGGCGGAGUUCGCGGCGCCGGGCAGCGCGAGCUCGCGCGCCAGCGGCGGGAGCGCCAACGCCAAGAAAGCCACCGUGUUCCGGCGGCACGACAGCGGCUCCGGGGGCAGCUCGAGCAACUUCUCCUUCGCCUUCCCGAUACUGGCACCGACGUCGCCGAAGAAGAAGGACCUCGCCGGCAGCGCGCUGUUCCAGGCGCUGGAGAAGGAGUACGACCAGCAGCCGCCGAAGCUGGAGGCCCCCGUGUCGGCCUUCGAGGAGAUGACGACGGAGGCGGAGCGGCGGCAGAACACGGGGUGCUGCUGCUGCGGUUGCUGCUGGUUCGAUUGCUCCUGGGCCACGUGCUGCGGCUGGUGGCGGUGUUGCGGCUCCUGCUCCUGCCCCAGCUUCUGCCGAUGCAGGUGGUGCCCCUGCUCCUGACA